GCCAAUAUUUACGCAACUUGACUUCUCAUUUCAAAUAUAUAAAAGAUAACUAAGACGUUAUUUGUUUAAUUUUAUUAAUUUUAGUCAUGAAUUAUUUUCAGAAGAUUAUUUUUCAUUGCAAUUUUCUGAAUUGAAUUCGUUUGAUCUCAUGUUACAUCAUAUCUAGAGAUAAGUUAAUCUUUGUUGUGGUUAGAAUUGUGAUUUAGUAAAGUAGUUGAUCUAUUUCAAAAUGCUGACUUUGUAUAGGAAUGUUGGUUCUCCAUGUUUAAGUUUGUGUAUUGUACGAAUGAAGCACAAUAUUUCUGAUAAAAUCAAACAGAAAAUUGCUGAUGGUCCAAGCCUUGAAGAGUUUUUAGCUGGAGAUGUUACUGACAAAGAAACUUGGGCGGACUACAAGGGUAAAAUUAAAAGGGAAAAAGGAGAAAAUGAAAGACUUAGACUUCCACCUUGGCUCAAAAGAGAGAUUCCAAUUGGUGAAAAUUAUUCUAAGAUAAAAGAACAAUUAAGAGGGUUGAAUUUACAUACUGUGUGUGAAGAAGCUCGGUGCCCCAAUAUUGGUGAGUGUUGGGGUGGUGGAGAACAUGGUACUGCUACUGCAACUAUAAUGGUUCUUGGAGAUACUUGUACUAGAGGAUGUAGAUUUUGUUCCGUAAAAACAUCAAGAGCACCCCCGCCACCUGAUCCUAAUGAACCUCAAAACACUGCUAAAGCAAUAGCCUCUUGGGGUCUAGAUUAUGUAGUACUCACAUCAGUAGAUAGGGAUGAUCUGCCAGAUGGUGGCUCCAGCCAUUUUGCAGAAACAGUUAAAGAAAUAAAGAAACAAAAUAGCAACAUUCUUGUAGAGUGUUUAGUUCCGGAUUUCAGGGGAGAUGUCAUUGCUGUAAGGACUAUUGCUGAAUCAGGCCUUGAUGUAUAUGCUCAUAAUAUUGAAACUGUUGAAUCAUUGACACCUUUUGUUAGAGACCAUCGAGCAAAGUACAGGCAAUCACUUACUGUCUUGAAAGCAGCCAAAGAAAUUAACCCCGAGUUAAUCACAAAGUCAUCUGUAAUGUUGGGUUUAGGGGAAAAAGAUGAAGAAAUAGAACAAACUUUAAAAGAUUUAAAGGAAGCUGGUGUUGAUUGUAUAACAUUAGGACAGUAUAUGCAGCCAACCAAGAGGCAUUUAAAAGUUGUAGAAUAUGUUACUCCAGCCAAGUUUGCACAUUGGGAAAAUAUUGGGAAUGAAAUGGGUUUCUUAUAUACCGCAAGUGGGCCUUUGGUCAGAAGUUCAUUCAAAGCAGGAGAAUUUUUUCUCACAGCAGUUUUAAAAUCAAAAAAAGAAUCCCAGUAGUGCUUAUUUGCCAGCUGUAGCAGCUUUUGAUUUGAUUAUUAGAUAUACCUUAAAAUGGGUGAUCUUUAGACCUAGGGUGUAACAUUUCUUCAAAACUAGAAUAUUUUCUUUGAUGAUGUAUUUAAAAACUUAUGAAUGACUUAGAAAUGAAUUUUCUAGAGAAAAGACCUGUUUACAAACAGUAAUUUAUGAAACAAAGUUUUUUUUUUAAGUUGGAUAUAGAAGUGGUUUUAAUUUUGAAUCAAUGUUACACACCAAGGUGUAAAGAUUCCUUAUUUUACGGUAUUUAAGAUUGGUUUUCAUGUUACCAUUGUUGAGCUAUAAAUUACUUUAUUUUUAUAUAAUGAAAAUUAUUUUUAUUGAGGUUGUCAUUCUAAAUGAAAAAAAAUCUUGAAAUGGCAGCGAGGAAACAUCAGUGAUAGAAAUUUAAUUUUUAGAUAGUAUUUCAGUUAUAAUAUAUAAUGUUUACUUUUUUCCAUUUUUUUCUUUUGGUUUUA